CAGUUCGAACGGAACAGCUGUAAUUGUUAGACGUAAGAUUCGGGUGAAGUAGCCGUGCAAGUGAAAGAAGUGACUGACCAAUAUCCAAAAUUGUAAAAAAGGAUACAAGAAGUUUUUAAAUAACAACUUGAAUUAUUAUUAAGUUUCCUAUUGGACUUUGUAAAUACAAUUCGCCUGAAAACUGACACGCUAAAGGAAACAAUAAACGGUGAUAGAAACGUGCAAAGUCGAUUAUUGUUGUAUACAGAAGACGACAAAGAGUGGAAUCUUGAGAAAAGUCCACAUAAAUUUUCCUGCCAGAAGAAAAUAUUGUUGUGGUUUCUUUGCGCAACGUGUGUUUACGUUUUUUGACAUAAAUUGACCGAAAAGCAAACUGCUUAAAUGAAAAGUUAUUAAACCCCAAUGUGAGGGAAUGCUUUAAAUUAUAUAAUAAUUCAAUUGGCAACCGAAUCACAUUAACAAAUUUUUGAUUUUUAGUUUCUCGUUUUGUGUUUUUGGCUAUUUUUGAUGAUUGUUGUGUUGUCCAACAGCCAGACGGCAGCAUACGAUAGCAACAAAAACAACAACAGCUAUAGGAAAAGUGUAUGAAACAAGAAAAAAAAAACGAAACAGGAGGGUAACAAUAGCAAUUGGGUCUAACCUACUCUGAAACACCCCAAUAAGACACCGACAACAAAAAGUUACGUGAAUUAUUUAAUAAACAAAUCACACACUCGUUCGCUCGCUGGCACUCUACGGGAAAAUAUCCAUAUCCAGUGAAAGAAGAAAGAGGCACAAGACAAUUUAACAAAAUCAUUCAUUUAAUCAUCUGGCUUCCAAAACCUCAAUGCCACACCAAUGCAAUAAUUUUGAUUUUUUUGCCUGUGCUAUUAACAAAUAAGUGAUAAUUAUAAAAGAAACUUAAGUUUAAUUGACGCCCAUACGAAAAGGAAAACGUCGAGUGUGUUACGAUAAAUUAGAAACUCAAAAUUGAAAUAGAAAUUAAGAAACAUAAAUCUAUUUAUCAAUCACAACAUACAUACGCAUCUACGUACGCCAUCAUCCUCACCAUCCACGGAAAAAGGAAAUCGAAAGUACAAUUUUUUCACAUCUUUAACCAACGAUAUUUGGAGAGAUUUGAAUUAGGAUUGAAGCUGACAAAUUUAUGAUUUCAUAAAAAGAACAGCAAUUUACGAAAGUGAUUUCGGACAAAAUAUAAAACAAUUAAUUCAAAACAAAACGUGACACAAGGAAAUCAAGCUGUCAAAACCAGCCAGCCGCCAACCAAGCAACGAGCCACCACAUCCGCACUGGAAACGUGAAAAAUCCAAACUUGUCAAAACGGCAAAGGCAACGGCAACACCUGCGACUGAAGUGACACAAAAAAACGGUAGCAGCAACAAAACAAUACUUCUCCCCCCAAAAAAAAAAUCUAUCAAAAACAAUUGUUGUUCAUUUUCACAAACUUGCCACUUUGUGUGUGAGGAUAUAAAUGUUGUUAAAGCUGUCAGCGCCAUCUAACGUCAGAAGCAAAACAAUUACAACGACAACAAUAACCACAGGCAACACACACACACACACACACAACGGAUGCAAUUGAUUGACAAGAAAAAAUAUUUGCUCUCAUUAUUGCUGGAAUAAACGAGAGAACGAACAGCAACAUUAAACAGAGUGGAAAAAAAGAAUAACAACAAUAACAAGAAGAAGAAAACAUAUUUUUAUACAACAAACAAAACAUACAUACAUAUAUAAAUAAUCCAUUCAACGGAUUUAAAAUCGGAUUUUAAACUACAACAAAGAAACUCUUGUUUUCAAUAUUUUUCAAUACAAAAACAAAAGAAGCACAACAAGCCUCAGAAGCUACCAUUCUAGAGACUAGUAUUGAUUCAUUAUCGCCAUCCGGCUUACAAAAAGUAAACGUAUCUUUGCCAACAUUUUACAUUUCAAGUUGCUCCACCAGCAGCAGCAGCAGCAGCAUCAUCACCAUCAUCAUCCACCAACAACAACUUCACCACAACUACACUUGUUGUUGUUGUUGUUCGUAACGUCGACAGUCGUUGCAAAAUUCUACAAAAUUUUCGCCCAACAACCAACGUCUUUUGGAAUCAACGAUUUGUCAACAUCAUGAUUGGACGCUUAUUCCGGGCCCAUGGGGAAUUUUGUGCCUCCCAUCCGUGGGAGGUCAUUGUGGCGCUGCUAACGGUAACCGCCUGUAUGCUGACAGUUGAUAAACAGCAAUAUUUCACCGGGGCAUCCACAACGAGCCCAGGUGCCACAGAUGGUGGUGGCGGCGGCGGCGGCGGUGGGGGUCUACCCACCUCAUCGGCCACCUCGAGUCGUUAUAGACCCUGCCACGGUUGGACACAGUCCUGUGAUGGCCUAGAGGCUGAAUAUAAUGCAGCCGAUGUCAUUGUCAUGACAAUUGUCCGUUGUGCCGCUGUCCUCUAUUGUUACUAUCAAUUUUGCAGUCUCCACAAAUUGGGUUCCAAAUAUAUUCUGGGUAUUGCCGGUCUAUUUACGGUCUUCUCCAGUUUUAUAUUUACCACGACAAUAAUCAAGUUCCUAGGCAGUGACAUUACAGACUUAAAAGAUGCACUAUUUUUCCUAUUACUAUUGAUUGAUCUCUCGAAUUCGGGUACCUUGGCUCAACUGGCCCUGGCCGGUACAAAUCAAGCUGAAGUAACACACAACAUUGCCCGUGGUCUAGAGCUAUUGGGUCCAGCCAUAUCCUUAGAUACAAUCGUUGAAACCUUGGUAAUUGGUGUGGGCACACUAUCCGGUGUACAGCGUCUUGAAGUCCUGUGUACAUUUGCCGUCAUGUCCGUCAUUGUCAAUUAUGUCGUCUUUAUGACAUUCUAUCCGGCCUGCCUAUCAUUAAUAUUGGAUUUAUCACGUAGCGGUAUGGAUAUGUCAAUGGUAAGGGCCAGAGCACGUGAUUCGAUAUUGUUGAAGGCUCUCAACGAGGAAGAACAAAAAGCCAAUCCAGUGGUGCAACGUGUUAAAAUCAUCAUGACAACUGGUCUAAUGAUUGUCCAUAUCUAUAGUCGCGUGGUAUUCUCCAAUGGAGAAUACGAGAGUGUGGACAAAACAUUAACACCUCAACUCAACAUGAAUGUCAACAAUAAUCGCACCGAAUCGGGAGAAUUAAGUGAUCUAAUAAUAAAAUGGCUGACUAUGAGUGCCGAUCAAAUUGUGAUACUUAUACUACUCAUAGCUUUGGUAAUUAAAUUUAUAUUUUUCGAAAAUCGUGAAGAUUUGCAUGACCAAAUACGCCAAUCGACUGUUACAAUUGCUGCCAAAUCGUCCCAGACACAGCCGCAACAACUUGAAGCACCAAAUAGUACAGCACUUGAGAAGGCAGCCACUGAUAAAACCAUGGAAAAUCACAGCAACAGUUCCCUGGUUGUGUGUCGGGAGGAAAAUUUAAAUAAGAACAAUAGCACAACAACAAUUGUACCAGUAUCCCGACCACGUAUCCCCCUAUUUACCAUUGAGGAACAGAAUACGGCAAAUGCCUCUACACAAACUGAAUAUAAUCGUCUGCUUGCCGAUAAUUGCGAUGGUGCUAUGCUGUUGCCUUUAAGUGAAUGCAAUCAGCUAUCAAAAAUGCGUCCACCACGUUCACUCGAAGAAUGUCUGGAAAUUUUAAAUGCUAGCGAAGAUGGCACGUCGGGUGCCGCCAAUUUAACCGAUGAAGAAAUCAUAAAUAUUGUCAAUGCUGGCGGUCAAUAUUGUCCUUUACACAAAAUCGAAUCGGUUAUUGAUGAUCCGGAGAGAGGUGUCAAAAUACGACGACAAAUUAUUAGUGGCCGUGCCAAUUUAUCUGCCGAACGCCUUGAUUGUCUUCCAUAUAAACACUUUGAUUACAAACGUGUUAUGAAUGCCUGCUGUGAAAAUGUCUUAGGUUAUGUCCCAAUACCCGUAGGUUAUGCUGGUCCCCUGCUCUUGGAUGGCGCCAAAUAUUUUGUGCCCAUGGCUACAACAGAGGGUGCUCUGGUGGCUUCAACAAAUCGUGGUUGUAAAGCUUUAUCGGUGCGCGGUGUUACAUCGUACGUUGAAGAUGUCGGCAUGACUCGUGCCCCAUGUGUGCGAUUUGCCAGUGUUACACGGGCGGCUGAGGCCAAACUUUGGAUAUCCGACGAACAAAAUUAUCAACGCAUUAAGGCUGAAUUUGAUUCAACCUCGCGUUUUGGCCGUCUCAAGGAAUGUCACAUUGCCAUGGAUGGUCCCCAGUUGUAUAUACGUUUUGUGGCACUGACCGGUGAUGCCAUGGGCAUGAAUAUGGUUUCGAAGGGUGCUGAAAUGGCCUUGAAAUGUAUAAAACGUGAAUUCCCCGAUAUGCAAAUUAUUUCGUUAAGUGGUAAUUUCUGUUGUGAUAAAAAACCUGCAGCUAUCAACUGGAUCAAGGGCCGGGGUAAACGUGUCGUGGCUGAAUGCAUAAUCCCGGCAGCGACAUUGCGUGGGGUCCUGAAGACAGAUGCUAAAACAUUAGUCGAAUGCAAUAAAUUAAAGAAUAUGGGUGGUAGUGCCAUGGCCGGCAGUAUUGGAGGUAACAACGCCCAUGCCGCCAAUAUGGUUACAGCUGUCUUCUUGGCUACGGGACAAGAUCCGGCACAAAAUGUUACCUCAAGUAACUGUUCAACCGGUAUGGAAUGCUGUGGUGAAAAUGGUGACGAUUUGUACAUGACAUGUACAAUGCCUUCACUCGAAGUGGGUACUGUUGGUGGUGGUACUGGUUUGCCUGGACAAAGUGCCUGCUUAGAAAUGUUGGGUGUGAGGGGUGCAAAUGCAGCACAGCCGGGUGAAAAUGCCAAGAAAUUGGCACAAAUUGUGUGUGCCACGGUAAUGGCUGGGGAAUUAAGUCUAAUGGCCGCCUUAGUCAACAGUGAUCUAGUCAAAAGUCAUAUGAGACACAAUAGAUCCUCAAUAGCUGUAAGUGGUAAAGCCACAAAUCCCUUGAAUGUUACAGUAUCCAGUUGUAGUAAAAUAAGCUAAAAUUUAUUAAUAAAAUCUAAGGAGUUUAACAUAAUGCUAUUUACUACCUCCUGAUGUUUUUGGUUUCUUUUUUCAUUCCAAAACAUAGAUACUUUUUUGUGUUAUACAAAAGCAAAAAAGAAAUAUUAAAUAAUAAAAAGAAACGACAACAACUAAACAAAACCAACAAAGAUACAACAAGAAACGAUAAAUCUCUCUCGUGUGUGUGUUUCCAGUUCAAUGCAAUGGUGGCAUUAAACAAAGAACAAUAUUAUUAGGUAAAUUAUUACACAGUGCUAUGAAUUCUAUUUAAUUUUUUUUUAAAUAGGUUUUAAAUUAUGUCAUAAAUAUAAUGAUCAUGGCUUAAUAACAAAAAAAUAUAUAUAUUCAUGUGCAACAUUUAUUUAAUUCAUAUUUUAUUGAAAAAAAAGAAGAAAUAAUAAUAACGGAUGCAGAUAUUUGAAUAUUGUCCUAUUCAUUUGGAAAAUUCAACAAUAUUUAAUUUGCUAGUCAAAUAUCAUAACGAUGUUUUAAAAGUGAGGAGGUGUUAUACAUUGAUUUUAAUUAAUUUAUUACCUAAAAAAAUAACAGAGAAAGAGUUAUAAAACAAUACUCCUUAUAAGAAAUUUGAUCAAUGGAUUAAAAAAGCAUUGAUAAGGAAAAUGUUUUCCGACAUGGCAUUUUAUGUGUCUGAAACCCGAACAUCUACUGUACAAAUUGGUAAACAGAUUGAGAUAUUUUACAUUUCAUCACAUAUUUAUGCUUAUCAGGCCUACCUUAUACCCGGCGUGCCAUACAUUCACCCUUCCCACUAAGGUAACAUGUUUUGUGCAUUCGUAUUAUCCAAAUGCGCAGGGUCCAUACUUCAAGAUAACCAAAUAAAAGCACAGAAUACACAGUUAACUUUUUUAGUAUUAUUUGCUUUUGUUUUCCACAAAAAAAAAAGAGAAAGACCAAUAGUUCUGUCAAUGUUGAAUUUGCUCAACUUCAAAAUUUUGUGCGUUCGACGUUUUCCGAUAGGUCUGUAUACAACGCUAAAUAAAUAUUUCAAUUGUUUCAACAUUUGCUUCUGUGCCUCAGAACCUGCAUUAAUCUACCAUGGUGAAUCUACUAGUUUUCCAUUAUUUUUCGAUAUCAUAGAGGGAAAAAUGGAUAUCAUAGUAAAUGCUUUUUGAAACAAUUAAUUUCAAAUUUCAGCUAAAAAAACAUGUUUAGAUGAAUUCAAAACUUUAGUAUGAAAUCAAAUGUCGAAUUGUCGUUUUUAUGAAGUAAUGCCUAAACAACUACUUGUUUGACAGAUAACGUUUUCCAAACAAUUUUUAACCCAUCUCCCACAAUGAUCAAAUGUUAUCAUAAUUUAAGAUUAUAGCCUCUGAUCGUUUUUUAGGAAUCUAAUUCAUUUUCAUUCCAUUUCAACGGCUAAGUAUUAAAAAAACAUUUGAUCCGACAAAAUAAAGGGAAUUACUUGGGGUCUUGCUAUAUGUCUGACACAUUUCCCUUGUGGUUAUUGUAAGGUCUCUAAAUGCUCAUGACAUGUUACCGUACGAUGCUAAAAUAGUUGCUUUUUCCAUGUUCACACGACAUUCUAACUUGCAAAAUCUCCUUUCGACAUAAGUCGUCAUUCAUUGAUAUUAGGCUUUAUAAUGUCUAAUGUGAAGCGAAAACUUUUAUAAAGCAAAGAAAUGUCAAAUGAAAAAUUUUAUAAAGGAAAUAUUUUUCAUUUCAUAUUUUUAUAGAACAAGAAUCCAGCCCCAUGUUUUUUUAAUUCUUUCUUAUGUUAUAAAUAUUAUUUUAGAAAAUAGGAAGAUUCUUAUUUGGUAACUUCCAAUAAUGAAAAUUGUAAAUUCUUCUGCAAACUUUUCGUGCUGAUAACAGCACUGCUCAAAACCGUGUGCUAGCACAUGAGUCCAUAAAAGUAAUUAUUUGAGAGAAAACGAAAAUUUUAAUUUUCUUUUUAUUUAUCAAAUAAUUUCAAUUAUUUUAAAACAUGGAUGUUGUCCAAAAUUAUUAAUAAAGCGAUUUUUACAAAAACAGUAUAAAUUAUUUUUUAUAGAAAUUGGACUGGUGAGCGAGGUCUUACUUUUGAGCAGCGCUGCUGAUAAGGACUCUCCUAAUCUUUCGCCGCUUUGAUUAACUAAAAUUUGCUGCGGCUAUUCUCAUUAAAUGAAAUGAGGAACAAUAUAAGACAUUUUUUUUAUUGGUAGACCGAAUUCUUUAUGAAAAAUUCGAUCCAAUUGAAUUAUCUCUUUAUUCAAUUCCCUUUCGCCAAUUGUUAUUCAUGCAUAACCUCACUUAAAAUAAUUUUCAAAUACCCAAACCAAUUUUCUUUUUUGGAAACACGUUAAUUGCAAUUAAAUUUUUUUGGCCGAAAAUGCAAACUGCAUUUUAAUCUCCAUCUAUUUUGAAUUUGUAGCACUGUGUUUUAUUACUUAGCCCAUCCAAUACUGCAACAAAGAACCUAAAUAUUUAUUAGAAAUUACAUAUAAAACAAAUAAAAUAACUUAAUAAUUUAAUUUAAGGAACAAAAUCAAAGGUUUUAAAAACCAUUUCAUUUUCAUUACAAUUAAUAUUAUUGUUUUUAUUACAAAACGAAAAACAACUAACUAACAUUGAAGUGUGCACGCACAAUCAAUCUACAUAAUCUUAUGGUCUAAAAAAGUUAAAAAAAAACAUAAUUUUUUAUAUUUGCAAAUAAAAAAUAACCAUUGUUGAAGUAAAAGAUCCAGUUUGUUAAACCCCGGAACCGAAGUGGGGCCUAUGUUGCAAAUACCAAAGUUUUUUUUUUUUUCAUUUUAAUCAAGGGACAUGAUUAAACAAAUGUCUAAGUUUCUAUAAUAAUAUUAGGUGAAUAACCUAAUGACUAGUUUGAAUUGCAAUGGGAGAUCGAACGAUCAACAUCAGCAUUUUAAUGUUUUCAGUGCUAUAUGAAAAUCCCUAGAAAUGAAAUUUACAUCAUUAUUAACACAUGGACCACCAACUUAAAAUGUCUCACAUUCAAUUUACAACAUAUUUCAAAACUUUUCUACAUUACAUAACAUAUAUAUUUCAUAAUUUGUUUACUUUUCGUAUAACUUAGUAAGUAGAAUAGAAAAUUUAUAUGAAAAAAAGAUACAAAUUGUUUUUCUUUAUGUUGUUUUUUUAACAUAGGCAAUUAAUAUAGCUACAUAUAAAGUGAUUAGAUUAGAAGAAGAAACAUUCUUAUACAUUAGAGUCUAUUUUUUGUAUUUUUUUCGUAUUUUGAAACUCAUGUAAAUCUUUAUUUUCGUUUUGUAGAAAAGUAAUUAGUGUAGUAUUUUUUUUUUUUUUUAAUUAUUUGUAUUAUAUUUCGGUUGCAACGAACUCCAUGAAAAUCUAUGUUACCAUUGUUUUUUCCUUUUUAACGAGACCCAAAAUUAAAUCCUUCGAAAGGUGCGAUUAGUAAGCAUUUAUCAUUGUUUGAAAAAAUACGAAGUCCAUAAUCCUCCCCAAAAAAAAAAAGAAAAAUAAAUGUUUUAACAAUAACAACAGCAACAAUAAGAACCAACAACCAACUAAUGUACGAGUGACAACAAAAAUAUUUAUUAACUAAUUUCCUUUACAAAUAAUUUUAUUAUUCAUCAUUUACAAAAAAUAAUGUAACAAGAAAAUAUGUAUAACAAACAAACAAUAAAAAACAAUGUAAAUUUGUUUGGUGAAAUAAGUAAACAAAAAAACGGAAACAAA